AUCGUAAAUCCCCUCCCGUCCUUGCCAAACCUCAUCAUCGAGGCUGGCACUGCAAUCCUCGGUACUGGUGUUCCUGCUACAGCCAUCUCUCAAGAAGUCUAUGUUGUGAAUGAGGAAACUGUGGUCACAGCAGGGACAUUUGUCCUCCCUGCUUACAUUGCUAAGGUAUGUGGUUCUGUCAAUGGCCACAUCGAACGUGUCAAGACCACCUUGGAAAACUCACGUGCCAAACAUACUCAGGCUGCUGUAAAAGACCACAUCCGCUCUGUCAAACAGAUAAAGGACGUCAUGUCGCUGACGCAGGGGCUCUUUCCCGUUUCGAAGGAAACUGCCUGGUUGGAGGCAGAAGUGUUUAUCCAGCAUCAAAAGGUUGCACUGGCAUCCGAGCUCAAGACUGUCCCAGACAGCUGGGUGCGCUACAAGCAACAGCUGAAGGAGAGCAAGCAGGUUGAGCUUGCAAAAACUAUCAUUGCAAGGAUUACAUCCGAUCUCAGGGACGAGAAGAUGCAGGAGGAGAUAUUGGCCAAUGCCAUGGUGGAGCUUGAGUGUAAGUCGAUCGCAUUGCAAGUUCCUCACAGAUUACCUCUGACGAUGGACAAUAACAGAACUUGUGAAAAGCAAAGCGAUCUAGGGAGGUCAUGGCUAGCUAGAUUACUGAUAGAAAAUGUAGCACAUCAAUGCCCUUUUUUUUAUCAGACUUAUCUUGAGUAUUGGUGUAGUCAUCCAUGA